UAUGAUUAAUUAAAACGAUGAGAUAUUUACGGAAAUUAUCCCAAAAAUGUGAUUAUAAUUGUUGUGUCAAAUGUUUACUACUAUUUCUGGCAUUGAUUGCAAAUACGGUGACCACAAGUGAUGGACAAAUUGUGUCCAAAAUCAAACUGUGUGCCGACCAGGACUGCAAAGAGCCCAUAUCAAUGGGAAGGACAACCUUGAAGUAUCCAAAAGGCUCUAAGAAUAUGCUAUCAUUUGGUCCCAACCAAUUGGUCACAAUUUACGGCAUAACUGUAGACAAAAAACAUUUGGAUGUCGAAAUUGAUAGCAAACGAGGAUUUGUUCCGAGUUUUAUGAUUAAAGUGGAGAAAGACUUGAUUAAAGACCCGAAGAUUGAGGUCAUUGUUAAUUUGAAUCUAAACGACAGUAAAGAUAAUGUUAUCGAUAAUACAAGUGUUGACCAAAAGUUGUCUGAUGUGAAUAGUAAUAGUGAUAGUAGUAAUGAUAAUCAAAGUGAUAGUGUAUUGGCCGCCGUCCCGAAAGACCCGACAAAACUUGAGUCGUCGAUCAGCAAUACUCUAUACGAAUCACAUACAACACCUCCUAAUGAGGAAUCGACAGUAAUCGAUGGCACCACCUUUAAAAUGGAUGGCAUGCAAGGCGUUAAUAUUGAGCCGACCACUUCUGUCGAGUCAGAUAUGGCAACGGCCACCAAAACUAUUACCAUUAAAACGGAUACUAAUGUACCUGAAGUUCAUCCAACUGGAACACCAAUGUCUAUAAUUAUUGACAAUCAGUCUGUGGACAACUCGUCAACAGUUGUGACUACUGGACUAAAUGAUGAUAUAAAGCCACCAGUGGUAGCCACUCCUUCAGAACCAUUGAAGGAAACAAAUGAUAAAAAUGAUAACAUUAUUGUCGAUAAUCAACAGACAAACGAUAUUAAUGAUACAAAUGAUAGUAAAAAAGAUGAACCAAAUGAAACAUCGGAACCUUCAACUGAUAAUAAUGAAAAUAGUUUCGUUCAAACAGAUAGUGUUGAGUCCAUGACUAACACUACAACAACUAAUGAUGCUAUAAAUACAACAAUAGAUAAUAUUAAUGAUAACAAUCAAACAAUUGAUAGCCCAGUCAAUAGCACUAGUGAUAUAAAUGGAGAUACGAUCUCAUCUGAACCAGAAAUUAAAUCAGAAAUAGUGAAUGCAAUCAAUACAAGUAGUGGUAAUGUUGUUACCAUUGAUGAACAGUCUGAUGAUGAGACAAGUAAUAUUAACAAUUUAAAUUAUACUCAAAUUGAAGAUCAAAAUAACAUACCAGUUUCUUCAAAUGGUGAUAAUAAUAAUAAAACUAACGAAAAAACUGAUGAUAAUGAACAAGUGCUUAACAAUACCAUCGAUGAUGAUAAUGAACAAGUGCUUAACAAUACCAUCGAUGAUGAUAAUGAACAAGUGCUUAACAAUACCAUCGAUAAUGUUAAUAAUCAAACAGUUAGUGACAAAGUUACUGUUGUCGACAGUCAAUCAGUGGAUAUCCCAUUAGCUGAUAACACGAGUCAACUAAAUUUAGAUCCAUUGGAUACCUCAUCUUAUGAUUAUAAUAAUAUUUCUAGUGAUGUAAAUAUAAAUGCAUUGGACACAUCAACUUUUAACAUCACUAAUAAUGAAAAUACAAAUUCCGUAAAUACUUCAUUUGUUAAUAAUGCUAGUGAUGUAAAUGUAAAUCCAUUGGAGACUUUAACUAUUAAUAACACUAAUAAUGUAACUAAAGAUUCCGCGAAUACAUCAUCUUUUAAUAUUGCUAGUGAUGUAAAUGAAAAUUCAGUGGAUAAGCCAUCGAUUGUUUCUGAAACUGUUGCACCAGCUGUUGAUGAAAAUGAAGUUUUAAAGUCAUCAAUUUUAUCACAAUCUCCUUCACAACCAUUGAUUGAAGUCAGUGAUGAUAGUUCUGUGAAUAGUAGUGAACAAACUGUUAAUACUGAUGAAAUCAAAGACAAAAAUAAUAAUAAAGAAAGUAAUAACAAAAAUAAUAUAAUAGAUUCAUCAAAAAGUGAUAAUACAGAUACUUUAAGGGAUAAUAUCAAUGUUAACGUUGAUGAAAGUACUGGUAAAGUUGAUGACGUGUAUAACCCCAUUGUAAACGACAUUAACGUUGACGAUAACAUUAAAGUAAUUGACGAAAACAACAAUAGUAUUAAUAACACAAUUGUUGGCAACACUGAAGACACUAUUGUUUUAAAAGCUGACGAUAUUAUUAAACCAACCGAUGCUUUGCCAAUGUCUACAAACAUGAUGUCUGAAAUUAUUAGUGGACUCAUUCCCGACGAAAUUGAACUAUUUCUCUAUGAUUUAGGCAUUUCGGUUAACGCAGCGAUCAUUACAUUUAUUAUUGCAUUUAAUUGGUGUUUAAUGAGAAUAUUUAUCUCUGUUUUCACUUCUUCGCGAAAAGAGUCCGAAUUAAGAGAGAUAUGUACAAAAUCUCAGCGAAAAGUCUACUAUUUUGAAGCCGAAAAAGAGAAAUUGCAGACAGAAAUUGACAGAGAGCGUGAAAAUGCCCGUAUUGUUGAGGAAAAACUACAAAUUGCUGAAUACAAAGUGAUACCAUUGGAGAAUGAAUACGAAAAAUAUAAGAGUGAAUGCCAACUAUUGCAGCAAAAGAUAAAAGAGUUGGAAACAGAAGUAGAGAAGAAUGCAGAAUCGGAAGUGGAGGCCAACCGAUUGCUUAACGAGUUAGUCAGCUCACAGAAAGACAACACUAGUCUGAGCUCAACUGUGGAAGAUCUUGAACAGCAAAUUGCUAAACAAACAGAAUUGGUGACUAAAUAUGAGGACAAUGCCAAACAACAACAAAAAGAUAAUAUUGAGUUUAAAGAAAAAAUCGAGAAAAUGACCGAAGAAUUAGAAAGCCUUAAGAAUGUACACAAAGAGACAGAAAAAGACUUAGAAGUGGCUCUCAGUGAUAAUGAAGAGCUUAAGAUAUCGAAACAUGAACUCGACUCGAGUUAUAAUGAAUUACAACAACAAUAUUCUAGUCUUAAAAACAAAGUCGACGCUUAUAUUGAACAAAAUGAUUCACUUUUGGAUGACUUAAUGAAGUUAACUAAAGAAUUGGAAACACUUCAAGAAGAGAGAUCCAACAAAGAGCUCGAAAUCGAAUCGUUGAAAGAGAUUUUGGCAAAUCUUAAUAAACAAAGACAUAGUUUUAAUGAGAGUCACGGAGAAAAUGGAAUCGACGACCAUUUAGACGGCGAAGUUAACUAUAAUUCAUUGACAGAUAUCUAUGAUAUCGUUGAAAUGGAUCUUAAAGUAAAAAAUUUAACAAACGAUAGAAAUGAUCUUAAGAAUAGGUUCGACGAAGUGUCACAAAAGUAUGAACAGUUGGCCGAGAAAUUGGUGUCAAUUGAAGAGCAAAAUGAAACACUUUUGACUGAAAAAGAAAUUGCAUUUCAAGACAGACUUAAAGCCCAGACUGAACUGGAAGUACUUACGAAAUACUAUAAGGAAAAGGAGUUAGAAAUGGGUAAAGAAAUCGGUGUUCAACACAUCAAAAGACAACAAAAAGAAGAAGAUGUUAAUACAAUGAGUUCUCAAUUGACUGUUUUUGAAGAUGAAAAUGUUUCGCUGAGGAAUCAGUUACAGUCAAUGAAAAAAGAGAUCGAAGAUACUGAACGUAAAUAUAGGACACAAAUUACUCAAUUAGAAAAACAAGUCCACGAAAACUGGAUCCUCGCCCGCACUGCUCAGCGAUCACUUGAUGAGUCUAAGGCUGAGGCAGCUGUUCUCAGGCAAACUCUGACGAUGUCUGUUAAGUCACCGGUGGAUGGUUUUGGUAAUGAUUCUUCAUUUUUGGAUGAUUCGGCCAGUUCUGUGUCUUCAUUACACGAGUUUGGUUCAGUGAUGCCGCCGCCACCUCCACCACCGCCUCCCCAUCUAUUUAAUCCAAUGUUACCACCGGUGCCUCUAACUUAUGGAGAAGAUUCUUUAGAUUCAAUGAAUUAUUGGAGUCACAAUCAAAUGAUACCACCUGUUCCACCCCCAGUGUCUCAAUACCAAACAGUACCCAACAAUUAUAAUACUACACAAAACGGCAUACCUAUGACCAGUAAUGCAAACAUAUCGUAUCCGUCAUAUAAUUCUACGUCUCAGUCAAUGACUUACGUGCCUUCCGUACAGCAGUCGUGGGAUCCAAAUACCACUCGUGACAGCAACUAUUCGCCCUCAUCUCGUCGGUCAAACGCAUCGCCUCAUUCACAGUACAGUUCCCUAUCAUAUUCACAGGCAAACAAUCACUACUCGAGUCCAAUGUCUGCUAACCAAACUUUGAACCAAAUGUCAAGUCCGAUACAUAACUCAAUGAAUGAAUCAUAUUAUCAAUCAAAUCUAGCAAUGGAUCCAAAUAUGACUGAUCCGAAUCUUAAUACUAAUCAACAACAAAAUUCAACGGGAAAUUACUAUCAGACAAAUACAGCAAAUAUCAACAAUCCAACAACAAUGGACACCAAUGUUAACUUAGUUCAACAACAAUCAGUGCAAUCAACAAAUGUAUUGUCAAAUCCCGUACCAUCACAUUGGGUACAACAACAACAACAACAACAAUCAAACGGCAAUAUAACGAACUUACACUAUAAUGAGUACAAUAAUAUUAGUAAUAAUAAUAAUAAUAAUAAUAAUAAUAAUUACAAUAAUAAUGAAUCUGAAGCCUCAAAGAGAAUGACAGCCAAUACAUCUCUUCACACUUAUAUGAUAAAUCCGUUAACCAAAUUGUUAACUAAUAAUGUAAUUACAAAAAAUCCAAUCAUACCAUUAACACAGUUACUAUUGACGGCAAAACUUAUGAAAGACUACUCAAAAUCGGACAGUUAUGGUGAACCAGAAAACAAAUAUAUGGUAUUUCUCGGAAAAGGUGAUAUCAAUUUGCAAAAUCAUCAUUUUAAUUUGGAGAAUAUGACGGAACCGAUAGAAGAUGAAGAAGUGACCACAACUGAAGUGUCGACAGAUUUGGCAAAAAAUAAACAAUUAUUAAAAUUUGUGGCCAGAAAUGGUUAUGACGUUUGGAAACGAUUACAAAUAUCGCCACCAAAUGAUGAUUAUAUUUAUGUCAAUACUAAUAAACAUAACAUAAUAAAAACGAUUGAAUCUCAGAUCAAUGUCACCAAAACAGAUGCCAAUAGUGUCAACAAAUUUCCAUCAAAAAUAAAGUCCAAAAAACAUAAGAAUGCCAUUAAAUAUGACAAAAAUUUGGUUAAGAAUCUGAAAAUGUUAUAUAAACCGGAUCAGCAAAUGAUUAAAACAAAUGAUGGUUAUAUCAGACAUGAAGUGAAAGUACCGAAAUAUGUUAAAGAUAUCAUCACAAGUGAGACCAAAUCGUCGACUAAAUCGUUACAUAAGUCAUCAAAAAUACCCCAAAAAAUAGAUAUACAGUAG